GCAGGCUGCGAAACGGACACACGUGCGAACGCAGGUCACAUACAGAAUGAACAAUUGCGAGCAUGUAUUCAACAAAGCACACAGAGAAGCGCAAUGGGGGAUUCCAUUAUGAUACGCAAGGACGGCGACGACAUGGAGUCGGGCACAUUGACAGAGCCGCCAACGCGCGGGGUCGACGAUGGGGCAACAAUCGUUGGAUCUUUCGGGUCUCUUGUCGCGAUAGUGGCGACGAGGCAAGGCGUAUCUGAAAUGAUGGAGACCGAUGCGGGCCAGGAUGUUGAAAGCCAAACCGUGAAGGUGGCGCCAGAGCGGGUGGCGGCAACAACAGAGGAGACGAAGAAAGGUGAGGGAUCUCGCGAAUACAUUUCCGUAAUAGAAAUGAGAUCGGAGAGUACGGCCGAGGAUAUGAUCCAAGAUAACGACCAGAAAGAUGACCACGCUGCACCACGAGUGGAAGGUGAUGACAAAGAGGACGCGCAACGAACGAGACUGUCAACGAGAGUAGUAAUUAAGAAAACUGUGUUUGAUGCGUAGGAAAGCCUUAGACGGGCAUGGGCGUUUACACGCUU